GGUCUACCAUUUCUCCAUUAAAUACAUACACGUUCACAUGUAAAGCUACUUUCUCAAUUUCUUUUUUUUUUUUUUUUUGAAAGGAUACUUUCUCAAUUUCUAGCCAAGAGAUUAAAGGGAUUUAUACAUGUAAGUGAAAAUUCACAAAAAAGUUUUCUUACAUAUCCUAAUCAACUAGAUUGAAAUUUCACUUAUUGCACAUAAAAAUGUCAAGUGAAAAUAAAAUUCUUCAACGGGAUUUCAGUUUUGGGUAUCAUCCGCCAGAACCAAGUGAAGAUGAUCGUUCUGUGUAUUCUCCUCCAGACCCAGUAUCCCCGCCUUCCGAGAUCCAAACUUCUGAAGAUGAGCUUGAUGAAAUAGGCGACGAAUUCAAACACUCCAGUACAACAAUAAAACUAUACCAAGCUGCAUUGACUGGUGACUGGGAAAUUAUAGAAACUAUAUGGAGGGAGCAUAAUGGUUGGAUCAACACAAGGAUUACAAAGGGAGGGGAAACUGUUCUUCACAUAGCGGCAGCUGCCAAGCAUUUGCAUCUUGUUAAAGAACUAGUAAAUAUUAUGAAUGAUGAUUCUCUUGCUUUAGUAAACAGAGUUGGCAACACUGCACUCUGUUUUGCUGCUGUUUCUGGAGUUGUUGAGAUUGCAAGAGUAAUGGUUGACAAAAGUCGAAUGUUGCCAAACAUUAGAGGUAGUCAAGGCAUGAUUCCUCUUCUCAUGGCUGUGUUGCUCGGUCACCAAGAUAUGGUGUGGUAUCUUAUGUCCGUCACUGAUUACAAUUUAUUGACUGUUGAAGAUGGGAUUGAGCUACUUACUGGUGCAAUUGAUACUGAUUUAUUUGAAGUAGCAUUGCAUAUUCUACGCAGCAACAGAAAUUUGGCUUUUUACCGGGGUAGAAAGAAGGAGACAGCAUUGCAUGCAUUGGCUCGAAAGCCUCCAAUGUUAGACAGAUAUCAACUAAGCAUGUGGCAGAGAUUUAAAAAGCAAGGUUGUAGCAUAACUAAUGUAGAACAGCAAGUGGUGCUCGAACUAACACAAGCACUUUGGAAUGAAAUCGUAAAACUGAAGCAUAAGGAAAUAUCUAAAUUGAUUUGCUUUCCAUGGCGAUUAUUAUUUGUUGCAGCAAAGUUGGGAAAGGUUGAAUUUCUGAUGGUACUCAUUAAAUCUUAUCCUGAUAUACUUUGGAAAGUGGAUGAAAACAGAUACAGUAUUUUUCACAUCGCUGUCAUUCACCGCCAUGAAGAGAUCUUCAAGCUAAUAUAUGAGAUAGGAGCAAUCAAAGACUUAAUAGCUACUUACAAAGAUGAUCAUGGAAAUAACAUGCUUCAUUUAGCAAGCAGGUUGGCACCUCCAAACCGCCUUAGUUGUGUAUCCGGAGCGGCUCUACAAAUGCAACGCGAACUACUAUGGUUUGAGGCAGUUAAAAAGAUAGUAAGGCGAGAAUACACUGAAGCUGAAAAUGAGGACCAUAAAACACCUCAAGCCUUGUUUAGCGAAGAACAUGAAGGCUUGCGGGUAAAAGGGGAACAAUGGAUGAAGAAGACAGCUGAAUCAUGCGCAUUUGUUGCAACUCUAAUAGCCACUGUAGUUUUUUCAGCCGCUUUUCAACUACCAGGGGGUGUCAAAGAUACAGGGAGCCCUGUCUUAGUGACAAAACCGUGCUUCGUUAUUUUUGCCAUUGCUAAUGCAGUAUCGUUGUUCACAUCUACUGCUUCAGUACUGAUGUUUCUCUCAAUCCUCACUUCUCGGUAUGCAGAACAAGAUUUCCUCAAAUCGUUGCCUCUAAAGCUCAUGCAAGGGCUCAUAUUGCUGCUCGUUUCGAUAGCAACCAUGAUUAUAGCCUUUACUGCUACGUUCUUCAUCACUUUCCAAGAAGGUGUAAGAUGGGCGGCAACUAUUCCCGUUGCUCUAAUUGCUUCAAUACCUGUUAUGUUGUUUGCUUUUCAACAAUUCCCACUUUUGCUCGACAUUUAUUACUCAACAUACAAAUCUCAAUCCAUAUUUGAACCUUGUAAACCGAGGUUGUUCAAACUUCCAUCUCACGAACACAAAAUUUCCCCCCAUGAAAGACAUGUUUCCACGUCUCGCAACAUUGAUAUCCCAUUUACAAUUCUGGUUCCAGAAGCUUCAAUGGAUCUCAUAUUGAAAUAUAGUCGCAACUCUUUUUCAUGGCAUCGAGCAGCCUCGUUAAUAGUAGAUCCUGAAGCUUCUGCUACACCUUCAUUUAGCUCAUGGCGAUUUGGACAAUAACAGAAAUUGUAUAUGUAUAUAUAUAUAUAUAUAUAUAUAUAUAUAUAUAUAUAUAUAUAUAUAUAUAUAUAUAUAUAUAUAUAGAGAGAGAGAGAGAGAGAGAGAGAGAGAGAGAGAAGUAAGUUCAUAUGAGAAUCCACACGUACAUGAGAAAUGAGAAUGAAUUUUACGUGCUAUAACUCCUGUGAAUAAGUGAUGUAACUCCAAAAAAAGAAAAUAAAAAAAAAUUCAAAAAUUAUUUUUUUUUGGCUCAAAAUUUUUUAGGAGAUAUAACUCUAAUGAAAAAGUGUUUUAACUCUAAUUCAAUAAUGUGGUUGAGAUUUAUUUUCAUUUAUCAUGUAAAAAGUAUUUUCAUGUGAUUUUAAUAUAUAUGUUUACUCUUAA